CCAGUUGAGCAAAGGAAGGGACGUCUUCAUAUUUUUAUUUUGUGUCAUAUACGUAAAACUUUGAACUGAGGAAUUUAGUGUUGUGUCUGUGAAUGUUUGGUGUAUUUGGAUGUGGGAUUUGUGACUAAUCUGAUAUAUCUGAAUCCAUAUGCGACUACAAAAUAAGAAUCACCAGGAAUGCAACAAGGCAAAGAAAUGACAAACCUUAAAGCAAAAUGGCUGAUACAAUAUGUUGGGAAAUAUGGCUGAAGUUAUCAAUUAUAUCCAUCACUAUAUCAAUGACAGUAACAGACUUCACAACCGAAUGCCAACGACCAUGUGACUGCCGAUGGCAAUCCGGUAAUAAAGCAGCCAUUUGUUCAAACUCCAGCCUUAAAGUAGUACCAGCCAAUUUGAGUAGUGAUAUACAAAUCUUAGAUCUCUCAAAUAACAACCUUAAAGAACUCCAUCAAGAAGCUUUCAAAAGAGUCGGUUUGAGCAAUUUAAAGAAACUUUUCUUAAAAGAUUGUAACCUAGAAGUAGUGCACAAAGCGGCAUUCACCACAUUAGCAAUUAUGAUUGAAAUUGAUCUUUCGAAGAAUCGAAUACGUUAUCUUCAUCCCGAUACAUUCAAAGGCACAGAGAAACUCCGACUUAUAAACUUAAGCAAUAACUUCAUCGAUAAGUUGGAGGACGGACAAUUUAGAAACUUAAAGUUCCUCCAGAAAGUUGAGGUGAGCAAUAAUAGGAUUGCUCGUAUUGGAACUAAGGCAUUUGUCAACUUACCACAGUUGAAGAUACUUAGAAUUGAUGGAAACAACUUAAGCCAUAUGAAACCAGAAACUUUGAUGACAUUAAGGAAUUUAUCAGGCUUAGACCUCCACAAUAAUCCUUGGCGUUGCGAUUGUAAUUUACAAACAUUUAGGGAUUGGGUGAUAAGUCAUAAUUUAUACACUCCGCCAACGUCAUGUGCCGAGCCAGCAUCAGUUCGAUCAAAACUUUGGAAUGAAUUAGACUCUACUAACUUCGCCUGUAGGCCUACAAUAUUAGAGCCUCUCCCAGAUUCAACGUUUAUGAGUUAUGAUGAAAACGUGACUAUGGUUUGCAAAGUUGUCGGCAAUCCGACUCCUGAAGUCACAUGGAAGUUUAACGGCAAAACUAUUGAGCUAAGAUCUUUUGGAGAAAUACGAUAUGUUGUAACUGAAAAUACCUUAGAUCUUAUACGAUGGGUGAAUUUAACUAUACUCAACGCAAGAUAUAGUGAUAAAGGUAAUUACACGUGUGUUGCUGAAAACCCUGGCGGUACAGAUGAAAAGACAUUAUCUUUGAUACUAUCUAAAUAUAGUGGCGCAGGUACUAUUGCUGGAUUGGACAUUGAUUCAUUUGCAAUUGUCAUUGGAUUUUUGGUAGCUGUAUUAAUUAUCUUUGGUGUAAUUCUAUCUGUUUAUCAUUUUUCGAUUCAAAAUAAUGAAUUAAAAAGACUGAUUAAAACCGAAACACGGUCGUCCAACGGUGAAGCACUUAUUGAAGGAUCCGUCACUUCUGAGCCAGAGAAAAUAGUUAAAAAUGAAACGGCAACAAUGAAGAUGUCCAAAAAAUACGAUAGUACAUCCCAGACAACAGAAAUGUUGGAACUCAAUAAGAAUCUUCUUGAAAAUGAAACUAUAUUGGCAGUUGAAGAUGGCUGUCGAAAAGAAGUGGGAAAUGCGAAGCAAAAUGAUAUAUUAAGACAUUCGCAAGAGUCUCAAGCAUAUCCACCAGAUUUGCUUUCCUUUCCGUUACGUUCAUCCAACAAACUACAGUCAAGCAAUGUUGCCAAUCAAAAGGAGAUAGACGAGAUGCAUAUAAGGCCAAAAUCACCCCAAUACGAUUUGUCAGCGUUAAGUCCAGCUCUAUACAAGAGACUUCAAGCUGCUAAUUUUAUGACUCCCAAAGGCUACGUUACUCUUCCAAGAAGACCUAGGACAGAUACAGAUAAGCAUGUCCUCCUAACUCUUAACGAAGUGUUACCAUACUAUGAUAACUUGAAUAUAAAACUUUUUGGUCCUACAGGAAAUUACUACAGCUUGAAUAAAAGUGAAGUAGAUUUGGGGCAUGGAAGAAAAAGUUUUAGCGAAUCAGAAGAAUUUGAACCUGCACCAUCACCAGCACCUGGUACUCCUCACGCAACAAUUCCGAGGAGUAGCGUGAGCUCUCCAAAUAUACAUAAUCAAUUGUUGUUGCUACAGAUGACGAACAACCAUAGAACUUCAGAUCAAAAGCAACUGAGAAUAUCAUUUGAAAACGAGACUAUGUUAAUUGAUCCAACAACUGGUUUUAGUGAAAGUGUUUUUGGUAAAAGGACAGUAAAUCACAAACUAAAAAAGAGACAUUCCAGUGAUCUUAACUUUUUAGCUAUUGAUAACGCGACACAAGUGUAAAUAUAGAACUCAAUGUAAGUAAUCACUAACAACCGCUAAAAUGAUAGUCAAACUUAAUAUUUCUGUGAUAGAAUAGAAAAUUCCAAUAAAGUUAGCUUUCGGUUAUUUAAUGGCCUAAAAGUGAGCAUUUGACAUUUAUUAUUUAGUACAGUAAUCUAAUCAACAACUUAUACAGAAAACCGACAAAAUAUGCACAGAUAUGCGUUCCCCAUUCAAGUGAAAUGCCAGCAAGACACUAAAAACAAGUAAAGUUCUUUUGAAAACUUAAAGCCAUUUUUGACGCUGCGACAUUGUCACACAUUAUAUUAUAUUCAUUUUCCUUUGAAACUAUUUCACGAACAAAACCGCAUUUUGCAGUUUGCUUAAACACAAUAUUAAGGGCACGACUGUCAAGUGUCGCUUCAAAGACCUGAAGAGAGGAAAACACUUUAUUUAUUUUGUAAAAUUGCUUUUUGUCACUCUACAAAAAUGUAAACCCGUUGUAAGCGACAUUUUAUUAUUCUGAACUAUUUUUCCUGAUAUUCUGGUGCCAUGCAGUACGGAAUAGGUUGUUAGCUUAGGACCAUUUAUACGUCUAGAAAGACUAUGACAAUUGACAACUGUGAAAACGUCUAAAAAGAUUGAGUUUACAGUUAAACUCUAUUUCUAAAGUGUGAUACACAUCACGAGUGUAAGACGUAGUUUAUCACGCACACUGAACUAAUAUUCCUGGUCCUGUUUUUAUCGGUUGUCUAACAGCAAGAGACUCUAUCUAGACGUAUAGAUAUUUUAAGUUUCCAAGAUAUAACGUUUAACAUAAUAAAAUAUAAAUUUAUUAGAGAAACUUUGUAUUAUGACCAAUUGUAUGUAAAGUUAACCCAUUGUUAAAAAAAGUUUCUAAAUAAUUGAAAGUUAAUCCUGAACAUAGUUUAUAAUAUUGGGUAAAUUAAGUUUGCAACAAUUAUUAAGGAAAUAAAAUUGACAUCUGUCAAUAUUGUCUAUAAUACUUCAAGUACCAGUCACUUGCUCACAUAAUUCUGAAUGUAUCUUAUGAAUUGUUACUAAAAAGUGUAAAUAUUUAACGUAGUUAGUAUUUAUUCCAAAAACUCCAAUACAUAGUAUAGUAAAGCAGGCCCUGUAAAUGCUUAUCAUAUUUAUAAUUAGUUGAAUAGCUCCAACGACAUUUAGCAUUUUCAUGUGGGCUUGUUUUGUAAAUUGCAUUUUAUUUAGUUCCAGUCAUAUUUAACAUAAGAAAUAUCCGAUAUGACCUCAGGUUGUUCGCAUACAAAUUACUCGUGAUGGCCAAUCUAAUGUCUUUUACCUAUUCUGUGGUUAUGACAGCCUAAUUUCCUUCAGUCUAAAUUUUAUAGUAUGAGAAGUAAAAAAUUUAACUUCUAGCUCUUGUUAGAAACUAACGGCCGUUCCCAAUAUUCAGUCUAUCCCUUACUUGAGAUAAAAAUCGUAACAAUCAUUGACUUUUCUGUCCCAAUAAACUUAUCGACGUUAACUCACCUUAUCCGUACACGUUGCCUGUCAAUGGGACGACGUAUAGCUUACCAGCGAUAGAAGUUUGUAUGGAAAUUGUUAUUCACGCGUCCGUAAUUGUAAUAAGGCGAUAAGAAGGACUUAUCGGGUAUACUGGGACAGCUUCAGUUUAUUGACAGCUAAUUAACUGACAGUAGAAGGUAGCAUUUUAUCUCUAUCUGUAGAUAGUAUAUUGUGAACGGCCGUAAGUGUUGCAAACCGAAUUUGGAUUUGAUGAUUACAUUUUUUAGCAAUACUGCUAUGUACGUAAUUGUAAACUUUAUUUUUUUUAAUAAAACAUGGGCUGCUACUUUUUGUGUUCUCAGUAAUAUUACUUCUGUUACUAAUAAUUUUAUUAAGAGAAAGAUUUUUUAUGAUCAUUUUAUUAGAGUUUGUUUAUUUUGAUUUUGUUUUUCAGUGUUUUCGAGCUUAUUUAUAAUACUUAUUUAUAUUCAAUAAUAGGUGUUUUAAACUCUCUAAUAUCAAACUAAACAUUGAGUUCAAUAUAUUAAAAGAAUGUGACUGUACGGUAAAGUUAUCCGGCAAUUUUUAUGUAACGAACUACUUUAAGCCAUCUAGCUGUUACCUGGUUAUUUAUUUCCUAAGCACUAACUCUCUAAUGUUGUUUUUUAUUUUAAUAAAAUAUGAACCAUAAAUUUGGAAUCUAAUUUUGUAACAUACUCUGUGGAAUUGAUUUUUAUUAUACACAAAUUAAAUUUAAAAACAUCUAUGAACUUUUCGUCACUCGAACGGUUGGCUCAGUGCUUCAGAACGAAACGCGAGAGGUGGCGGGUUCGAGUACCGCAUCGUUAAUAAAUUUGUUUUUGACAUUUAAAUUGUGUAAUUAAUACCAUAACCCUCAUCACUUUCAAUCACUUCGUUUUGAUUAUUAAAAUAUGUCUAAUAGCUAUGUAUUAUAUUAUAUAGUCUGGGCAGCGCCCUUAUUUCGGCAAAAUCUUUAAAAUAGAUCCCAUUUUAAUUUAUACAUUACAUGCUAAUGCUCUUGAGAUUUCUAUAGCUUUCAAUUCAGAGGGAAAAUGUAAAUGUAAAUAUAUAUUUUAUGAAAGAGUAGGGUAAACAAGGUCACCCGAUGUUAAGUGAUCACCGCCGCCCAAUUUAUCUCUUGCAACACGAGAGGAAUCACAAGAGCGUUGCCGGCCUUUUAGAAAGGUGUACGUGCCUUUUCUUGGAGGUAUUCAAGUGGUAUCGUCCUAAAAACCCUGCACAAGAAGGCCUAUUCCACAGCUUAAUUGAAGAUUCAACUUAAUACAUUUAGUGAAAAUAAUUAAUUGAUUUAUAGUUUAAUUUUGUUAAGUUUGUCAUAAUGUUUAUUGGAGAACUGUUUAUGUUUAGAUGAUGUAAGUAGCUAUUAUAAUUUUGUUUAUUAAUUGUAAAUUUGAAAUAUCGAAUAAAUGAUGAAUGAGUUUAAAAACGUAUUGAUUUCACUGUCAUAGAGACGAAUACGAUAGUGUUAAGUUGUUACCUUAUAAAUUUGAUUUAAUUGAAAAUAUAAUCUGAGUUAUAUUUCAAAAGAAAGAUACAUUUUAAAAAAAAAGUAUCAGCAGACUAUCUUUUAUAAUGUUAUAACUUACAUAAAGUGGAGAAAUGGAAAAAUUGAGAAAUUAAGAAAACUCUAACAAAACUAUAGGGUAAUUAAAAGAUUAACAUGAAUCUAAUAUUUCAUUAAUAUUAUGAUUGUGAUAUGAAGCUUCUUCUAAGCUUAAAUCAUUUAUGCGUCUACAUAGACUAUCCGUAGUUCCCAAUAUACUAUCUACAGGUAGAGAUAAAUAACUACCUUCUACAACAGUAGAUAUAUGCAGUAAUUAGCUGUCCAUAAUCUGAAGCUGUUCCAAUAUACCGAUAAGUCAUUCUUAUCGCAUUAUAUUGGGACGCGUGAAUUGCAAUUUCCAUACAAACUUCUAUCGCUGCUAACCUAUACGUCGUCCCAUUGACAGACAGCGUGUACGGAUAAGGUGAGUUACCCUCGAUAAGUUUAUUGGGACAGAAAAGUUAACGAUAGUUACGAUUAUUACCUCAAGUAAGAGAUAGACUGAAUAUUCGGAACGGCCGUAAGACAGCUGUGAAAACGUUAAAAAUGUAUAUGACGCACUAAGGGAGAAAAAUUGGUCAUUCUCACACGCGGAAUAUUGUCUAUCGCGGGUGGCAAUGUCCUACUUAUCUCACGUGUUGCGUUUACUAUUUUUUUGCCACCUGCAUGAAAAGCUCGCUUUUAGUCCUUGGUACGAAGGAAAAAAGUCGUCUUGCCGGGAGAGAAUCGGUCACUUUUCUCCCCCGUACCAGGGACUAAUAGUGAACGUUUCAUCAAGUUGGGAAAAAAAAGACUUUAGAAAUCUAAACCUCUAUUUAGAGCAAUUCACGCACACUAACAUAAAGUGGCGGGUGUAAGCCGUAGCUACUCACGCACACUAAACUAAUAUUUCUGGGUUGUUUUUAUCGAUUAGGAAAAACAACAAAAGACUCUAUCUAGACGUAUAAAUUAUAUAAGCUUCUAAGUAACUCUAUGCUCAUAACGAUUGAUUUUGCUACGGGAAUACAAUUACCUAUAUAACUAAUUAAAAAACAAUUUGAGUAAGUAAUAAACGCUUUAUAAAAACAUUAUUUAUGUAAAAAUGUACAUAUUCAAGAGUUAAUUAAUAUUACGAGAGUAUGUGCGGAAUAUGUAAAAUAUGUAUGGACCA